CAAUACUGAGCACAUCGUGAGUGUGUAAAUUUGUGAAAUUAUAUAUUAUUUUAAUUAAAUAUGGACGUCACACGCAAAAUACUCCUGGUGAUCUCGAUACUGGCUCCCGUAUACACGGCUCCUAGAAAUCCAAGACUGACUGUAGUAGAAUAUGAACCUGCCCAUUAUUACCACGAAUAUGACAGAAAUCCACAAAUAUAUUCAUUUGGCUACGAUGUAAAUGAUCCGGCGACUGGUAACACUCAGUACAGAGCUGAACAACGCCAUCCAAACGGGACCGUCACAGGAAGCUACGGCUACAUAGAUCCUUAUGGAAAACCUGUAAAAUAUAAGUACAUUGCUGACAAAUUUGGUUACAGGGUAUAUUCAGAUUUAGAGUUGCCAACCCCAAAACCAUUGCCCGUUGCACUGGCUGUUAGUGAACCUACAGAACCUUCCAUCACAUGGACCAGGCCUCCAAAACCUCACAAGAAGAACGUCUUCAAUGAUAUCGUCGCACAACUUGGAUCAUUUUUUACCAAUACUAAAUUCAAUUCAAUUCGUGUAAAUUAACAUGACUGAAGUUUUUAAAACAGAAUUGCAUUUCAUUAUAUAAACGCAUAAGUAUUUAUACAAAGUUAAAUUAUUAAAUUUUUAGAACA